UGGUUAAGCGCGAUCACAUGUCAAAAGUUCAGAAUGUAAACAAUAUGAACUGUGUUGAAGUGUUUUUGGAAAUUUAUUAGCGCGUAAUGAAAAAAAUACGUAUAAAAUUUUUAAGCUCUAAUAUUUUCAUAAUCCAUAACGUUAAACGAAAUCAUGGAUGAUAUGGAGCCCUUUAUGAAUAACGAUAUAUUUAAUGUACGCGACAUCUCUGAAAUAGAAGAUUUCCUAAACAGUUGCGACGGAGAUUUCAUGAAGAAGCUAGAAGAAGAGCUGUCGGUUGUGGAAACAGAUCCUUUAACCGUGGACACGAAAUACAGUCCAAAUGUUUCAUCACCUCAGACAUCACCUUAUUUUAAUACUCAGGGUAAUCCUUUGAUGUCACAACAGCCACAUAACAGAAAACAACAGUUUCAUGCCCAACAGCCAAAGAGCAGUCCAGGUUUGGGGAUGUAUGGAAGGGAAGAAAGUUAUAACUUGGAGCCCAAAAUGGAAACAUCUCCCUUGCCAGAUGUGACGCAAAAUUGUCAGAACCAACCAGCACAGACACCAAUGAUACUGCAACAAGUAAUACAGAGUCCUCUGUACGUUAAUUUAGCUCAGGGAAGCUUACAGAAACUGCCAGACAGUAGGGCGUCCCUUGUACAGUUAGAUGGUAAACAAAGAAAUCAAACUAUCAAACCUCAACAGCCAACACAACAAUUGCUGUUACCAAAUAAUGUGAAAGGUGUUACACCUGUUUUUUUAAAGAGUGCAGAUCCAAAGUUUUCCCCAGUGAUUUUGCAGUCAAAUAUUCUCAAUCCGGAUUCACAGACACUUGUGUAUACCAGUGCACCAGUACAAGGUACAACACAAGGUAUUAUCACAAAUGCUAAAACUGGCAAUGAAAAUCAACCUAUACAUUUAUUUACGAGUAACAGUGGCCCAACAUUACUGACAACUGGGAUACCAUUAGUGCUUGAUGGUGAUAAUUUUGUCACAGGACAACCCAAAGUGAAGGAAGUCAAAAGAAGUGCUCAUAAUGCUAUUGAAAGGAGAUAUAGAACUAGUAUUAAUGAUAGAAUUAUUGAACUUAAGAAUAUGUUAGUUGGUGAAGAAGCUAAGUUAAACAAGUCUGCAAUAUUACGUAAAACAAUAGAUUACAUUAAAUACUUACAAAACCAAAACACAAGAUUAAAGCAAGAGAACAUGGCUCUCAAACUUGUGUGUCAGAAGUCUGGAGUGAAGGAACAGUUGUUUGAAGGAGCAUAUACUCCCCCGCAUAGUGACAUAUCCUCCCCUUACCAUUCACCACAUGGUACGGACAGUGAUUCUCCUUCUUCUCCAGAGUAUAAGGUGGAAGAAAAAUAUUCAAAAGUUGUUAUGGGCAUGGGUGACCACUCCCGUUUAGCCUUGUGUGCCUUUAUGGUUGGACUUUUGGCCUUUAACCCCUUCAGCUCUUUCUUAGGAAACUUUAUGUCUGACUCCUCAUCUCAUGACUAUUCUGCUAGAUUCGACCAAAGAAGAAUUCUAUCAGAAGAUGACUCAGGUUCAAGCAGUUUGUCAUGGGGAACAUGGCUGUUGAAUACGUUCAUAAUUUAUCUUGUGAAUUUCGUAAUACUUGGAGGUUGUCUCAUAAAACUGUUAGUCUAUGGAGAUUCUGUACCAAAAUCACAAUCGAAAGAAGCUGGACUCUUUUAUAAGCAUAAGCGACAAGCAGAUAAUUAUUUGAAAAAGGAUGAUUUGGCGAAUGCUCGUUUAGAACUCCACAGGGCAUUGGCCGCUUGUGGCAAAAGCGUGCAGGCCGGAGGUCAGAGCCAUGUGAAGUACUCGGCACUAAUAUCUGCAAUGUUGCGACAAAUAUUGCAACGGUUGCCUUUUGGCGGGUUCCUUGCAAAGCGAGCUGGAGACUUGUGGAGUGACAGUCCAGCAAGAAGGGCAACCCAACACUGGGCAGCGGAAGUGUCGAGCGUUUCCCACCGGUUAGCGCAACUGGAGAUUUUGUCUAGCCAGAGCAGUAGAGGCGAACGCUUGCUGUUAGCUUUGCAAGCGGUCAACUUCGCUCAAACCACCUCUAACAAACACCUGCUCGCUGAGGCCUACGUCACAGCUGCUUUGGUGUUCAAGGACAAUAUGCCGAAGUUCGGAAACUGGUUGUGUGGAUACUACCUGCGGCUGUGCGUGCGCUGGUGCUGGGAGUCGUGCGCGGAGGGCAGUGCGCGCGUGCGCUGGGCCACGAGCGCGCGCGGCCAGCACUUCCUGCGCACGCGCCGCUGGACCUACGAGCCCAACCCCGCCCACGUGCUGUUCUCGCGCCUGCCCACCUCCACUGACCCACUCGCGUAUGCUAUGAGGGCGUAUCACCUCGAGAUUCUUCAGAAGAGCCUCCAGAUGUUGCUAUGCGCUGAUGAACGCAGCAACACGCGGGACGUGCUGGACCUCGUCAAGCUGAUCACUGAUGACGUUUCCACUGAAACACCGCAUCAUACUGGUUGCUGGGACCCAGUUAUGGAGUGGUGGGCAAACAUCGUGGGCGUAGCGGCGACUUGGUUGCUCGCCGACUCGCAAAAGUCCGCCGACAUCGUGGACAAACUGAACCUCCUGCCCGAAGAACUUGCGAACUCUGAUGACCCCCUACCUAUGGCGCUCCACGCGGCGUACAAAAGCCGCCGCGGCCUGCUCAGCCUCGCGCAUUGCAAAGAUGAACACUCCGUCGAGAGGACUUCCGAUACUAUACUCAAGGUGUGCGAUAUUGCUGGAACCAGGUUAGCAGAUUCGCUGGCUUACUACUGCUGCCGUAAGCCGACGCAACUCAUGAUGCUGAUGCAGGUGCUGUGCUGUGAUUGGGUGCUGGAGGUGCGCGCGGGGGUGUGGGAGGCGAGUCCGGGGGUGGGGGUGAGCCGCGCCGCGAUCACGCCGCCUGCGCCGCAUCGACACCUGCGCGCCUUCCAGAGGGACUUACAUUCACUGCGCCGACUGUCGCAGACACUGCCGUGGGUGACGUCGCGCGUGUUCCUGCAGUCGGCCGUGUGCCGCAUGAUGGCGGGCGCGGCGCCGCGCCGCACGCAGCAGCUGCUGGACGGCAGCCUGCGGCCCCGCCUCAACCGCUCCUCCAUUAUAUGCGGAAAAGAGCGGUCUCUAGAAGGCGGCGGCGGCGAAGGCGAACGCGCGGUGGCGCUGUACAUGGCAUGCAAGCACCUGCCGGGCGCGGUGCUGGCGACGCCGGGCGAGCGUGCCGGCAUGCUGGCGCAGGCCGCCGCCAUGCUGCAGAAGAUCGGCCACCGCAGCCGCCUGCCGCACUGCUACCAUCUCAUGAAGUCCGUCGGCUCGCUGCCCGCCGCCCCCUGAACAAGACUCGAUAUAGGUGUCGGCAGAUAAAAAGAACAUUCAGAAUAAGAAAUGUUUAUUUUGCUAGAAUAUGGUACAUGCAUAUUAUUUACGAGUACAUUGGUCUUAAAGAUUAGGUAAGAUCGCAUAUCUCGCCAAACAUGGCGUGCAAAAUUUAUUGAAUGCAGUCCAGCAUCUCAUCUCACCUUCUUUAACAUAUUAUGUCAUCAUGCAAAAAUUAUUAUUUAUUAAUUAUUAUUUAUUUCUAUCAGUUUCAGUCUUCUUACUGUUUUGGGCCACUUUUUAAUAUCCUGAAUUUUCAAUCAUUUUACCCAUGACAUACCAAUAGACAUGUUACGCUCAUAUUACGUGGCGUAUAUAGGUAAUUCGUGCUCGGUGAUGAUUAAGACAGAAGAUUAAAUAAAUAAAUCAUUCAUUCACACAAAACGCAUGAGUAGUAGUGUAGUACAAAUGUACCCAAGUGUAAUAGUUUUAAGUUUUAUCAAUUUUUACAGAUACGUUUGUUACAUAUCUACUUCUUUUUACAUAAUACAUAAUUUUUUCAUAGCAUUUUACUAAAAAAAACACGUUUUUAUCUACAUUUUUAAAUAUAUUUUACAUAGUAUGCAUACAAAAAAUGCUCUCUCUGCAUUUGUGCUACGACCAUCAGCUAUGAAAAACCUACAGAAUAUGCAUGCUGUAUUUACUAUUACUGUAUAGUAGUUAUAGGCUUUUUAAAUUAGAUAACUCAGGAAUAUAAUUAUUAUGCUAUCAAUUAAUAAUACCUAUAUUAUAAUAAAAUUAUUAUGUACAUAACUAUUUUUUAAUAUAAAUUAAUAGUGUUUUAAUUAGUAAUUAUUAUUUAUGCUUGAUAAUAAUCGACUGUCAAGUAAACAAUAUCACCAACUCACACCUAUUGAAAAUUGUUAUGCAUAGAUUUUAUUAGAAGUUAAUCAACAUACUAUGUAAUAGCAAUACGAUGUAUUAAUAAUACUUUAUAUGUAAUAGUAAUAAGAUGUAUGUAUUGAUAUUUUAAAUAAAAUUUUCUGUAGAGAAA